UUUUUUACACAUGCAGUGAGAAUUUCACAAUUGAGGAGCACUGCCAAUGUCCAAAGAGCAGCCGAAGCAGCCGAAGACGUUCUCGGGCAUUCCAAGAAUUCUGAAUGCUGGACUAGCUGGCAUCGUUGGAGUUACGUGUGUGUUCCCACUUGAUCUUGUCAAAACUCGUUUACAAAAUCAAAGAAUUGGGCCCAAUGGGGAAUUAGAGUAUAGCGGCAUCCGUGACUGCGCCAGAAAGACAUGGACCGCUGGUGGCGCAUCAAAAUUUGCAAAGAUCAGAGGUCUUUAUUCCGGAUCUGCUGUUAAUAUUGUGCUCAUCACACCAGAAAAAGCUAUUAAACUUGUUGCAAAUGACUUUUUCCGUUAUCAUCUUGCCGUUCCUGGGCAGAAAAAACUAUCAACUACUCGUGGAGCCCUAGCUGGAGCAGGCGCUGGCGCACUUCAAAUCGUCAUCACUACACCUAUGGAACUUUUGAAAAUUCAACUGCAGGAUCAAGGAAGGACAGGAGUACAAGGUGAGAAGAAAAUGACAGCACUUGGAAUUUCUGCCCGACUUUUGCGCGAACAUGGUAUCGCUGGCUUGUAUAAGGGUCUUGGACCGACCUUUUGUCGUGAUGUCACGUUUUCUGCAAUUUAUUUUCCGCUUUUCGCUUUCUUCGACUCGCUUGGUCCAAGAAAAAAGGAUGGUAGUGGUGAUGCCGUUUUUUGGACCUCAUUCUGCGCAGGAAUGACCGCCGGUGCUAUUGCAUCAUUUUCAGUAACACCACUUGAUGUGGCAAAGACUCGCAUCCAAACGAUUAGAAAAAAGGCUCAUGAACUAGUUUACAAAAAUGUGGCACAGGCAUUGUACAGCAUUCUACGUACCGAAGGUGUACAAGCACUAUUCAAAGGAGCAGCUUGUCGUGUCAUGGCUAUAGCACCCUUGUUUGCCAUUGCUCAAACAGUUUAUUACAUUGGAGUGGCCGAGAAAAUUCUUGGUGUGAAGAAAGCCACACAUGUCUGAUAAUCAAUUAGAUUUCCAAUACUCGAAUCAAACGAACUGUACAACAAUCAACGAGAACCUCUUUACUGAC